AUGCCAAUUUUAUCGGCUGAUUCUUUUUCGUUUCAUAUCUGUUUUUGCUUCUCUGUCGUCUCUCUCAGCGUUACUCUCGUCUUCAAGGAAAUAAAUGGCUUUAAGUAUACUCCCCACUACUUUUUGCUUCUUCAUUCCGUUUUUCUUUUUGAUUUCUUGUUAAAAACAUUCACAUUUUUCUUUCUUCUCUCCUUGGGAUGCCAUUUUUUUGUUCUCAUUUAUUUUUCUGAUUUUUUUUUCUUUUUCCUUUUUUUCUUUUUUUUUUUUCUUCUUCGUUUCUUUUUUUUUCUUUCUUCCUUUUUUUCUAUGUCCUUUUUUUAUUUCCUUAAUUUGUCAUUCACUGCUGCUAUUCGUCCAUCCCUUCAUUACGUCCUUCCACCCUUCUUUCUUUCUUUCUUUCUUUCUUUCUUUCUUUCUUUCUUUCUUCGUCAGUUAUCUCCUUAUUUUAUAAUUCACUACUUCUCUUCCAUAUUUCUUGUUUUUUUUCUUUCUUUUGCAUCCUUAUUUUUUAUUGGCUCCUUCCUUCCUCCUCUCCUUUUAUUCAUUCUUUCUUUCUUACGUUUGUUCUGUUCUUUUUUGUUUCCUGACGUAUUUAUUCAUUCCUGCUAUUCCUUCUCCUAUUCUUUCUUUCUUUCUUUGCUUCUUUCUUCUUUCUUUUUCCUUCUUUUCUUUCUUUCUGCUUCUUUCUUUACUUCUUUCUUUCUUUCCUUCCUUCCUGUUUCCUUUCUUUCUUUCUUUUAUAUCCUUAUUUUUUCACUCAUUCCUUCGUCAUUUCCUUCAUUACUUCAUUCUUUCUUUCUUUUUUUUUUUGUAUCUCCUUAUUUGUUAUUCGCUCCUGCAAUAUCUUUGUGUCUUUCCUUCCCAUUCGUUUUCUCUAUUUUCUCUAUUUUCUUUCUUUCUUUCUUUCAAUUAUUCGUUUAUUUAUUUAUUUCAGUCAUAUUCUUUCUUUUCUUUUUAUUAAUUUUCCCACUUUACACUAACUUCCCCUUUUUUUCCUCUUUUACUAUAUUUUAUUUUUAUUUUUUCUUCGGCCUUCCUUUUCAUUCUUUUCUAACUUUUUUCUGUCUUUCCGUCUUUGUUUCUUUGGUCCUUUGCAUUGAGAUUUUUACUUAUUCAUCUUCUUCCUACGUUGCCUUCACCUUUUCUUCUUUCUUUCAGCCUACUCGCUUUGUCCUCUUCAGCUUUUCUUUUCACGCUCUUCUUUCUUUUUUCUUCCUUUCUUUCUUAUUCAUCGUCUUCUUUUUUUCUUUUUAUCAUUUUUCUUUCGCAUAUUAUAUUAAAGUUUUCUUUUUUCUUUCUUUCUUAUUCAUUGUGUCCUUUCUCCUUUCUUUUUCUUUCUUUUUCCUUCUAUUCCAUCUUUCUUUCUUUCUUUCUUUCUUUCUUUCUUUCUUUCUUAUUGUAUUCUUGUUCCCCAUCUUCUUUGUUUGUUUUCUGCUUUCUUUCUUUCUUUCUUUCUUUCUUUCUUUUUUGGUUAAACUUACUUUCUUUUUCAUUUUUCUUCCUUUAUUUUUACUCUUUCUUUUGUUUUCUUCCCACUUUCUAUUUUCUUCUGUUCCCGGCAUUUUUCAGUCAAACUUUCCAAUGAUUCUUUAA